GAGGAGGAGGGCCGAGCGCGGCCGAGAGCCGGCGUAGCCCCUGCCUACCCUCACACCCGGCACCCGCACCCCGGAGCAGCUGCAGCCACUGCUCCGGCUGCCCCCGGCUUGGAAGAUCCCCACAGGCCACAGUCGCCACCAUGGUGAAGAUCGUGACGGUGAAGACCCAGGCGUACCCGGACCAGAAGCCGGGCACCAGCGGGCUGCGGAAGCGGGUGAAGGUGUUCCAGAGCAACACCAACUACGCGGAGAAUUUUAUCCAGAGUAUCAUCUCCACCGUGGAGCCGGCGCAGCGACAGGAGGCCACCCUGGUGGUGGGCGGGGACGGCAGGUUCUACAUGAAGGAAGCCAUCCAGCUCAUCAUCCGCAUCGCCGCCGCCAACGGGAUUGGUCGCUUGGUUAUUGGACAGAAUGGAAUCCUUUCCACCCCUGCAGUGUCCUGCAUUAUUAGAAAAAUCAAAGCCAUUGGUGGGAUCAUUCUGACAGCCAGUCACAACCCAGGAGGGCCCAACGGAGAUUUUGGAAUCAAAUUCAACAUUUCCAAUGGAGGUCCUGCUCCAGAAGCAAUCACUGAUAAGAUUUUCCAAAUUAGCAAGACAAUAGAAGAAUAUGCAGUUUGUCCUGACCUGAAAGUAGACCUUGGAAUACUGGGAAAGCAGCAGUUUGACCUAGAAAACAAGUUCAAACCCUUCACAGUGGAAAUCGUGGAUUCAGUGGAAGCUUAUGCUACUAUGCUGAGAAACAUCUUUGAUUUCAGUGCACUGAAAGAACUGCUUUCUGGUCCAAACCGACUAAAGAUCCGUAUAGAUGCCAUGCACGGAGUUGUGGGACCGUAUGUGAAGAAGAUCCUCUGUGAAGAACUUGGUGCCCCGGCAAACUCAGCAGUUAACUGUGUUCCUCUGGAGGACUUUGGAGGUCACCAUCCUGACCCCAACCUCACCUAUGCAGCUGAUCUGGUGGAGACCAUGAAGACAGGAGAGCAUGACUUUGGGGCUGCCUUUGAUGGAGAUGGGGAUCGAAAUAUGAUUCUGGGCAAGCAUGGAUUCUUUGUGAACCCUUCAGACUCAGUGGCUGUCAUUGCUGCCAACAUCUUCAGCAUUCCGUAUUUCCAGCAAACCGGGGUCCGUGGCUUUGCACGCAGCAUGCCCACCAGUGGUGCCCUGGACCGGGUGGCUAAUGCUACAAAGAUCGCUUUGUAUGAAACCCCAACUGGCUGGAAGUUUUUUGGGAAUUUGAUGGAUGCAAGCAAACUGUCUCUUUGUGGGGAGGAGAGCUUCGGGACUGGUUCUGACCACAUCCGUGAGAAAGAUGGACUCUGGGCUGUUCUAGCUUGGCUUUCUAUUCUAGCCACCCGCAAACAGAGUGUGGAAGACAUUCUCAAAGAUCACUGGCAAAAGUAUGGCCGUAAUUUCUUCACCAGGUACGAUUAUGAGGAGGUGGAAGCCGAGGGGGCAAACAAAAUGAUGAAGGACUUGGAGGCCCUGAUAUCGGAUCGCUCCUUUGUGGGGAAACAGUUCUCAGCGGGUGACAAAGUUUAUACCGUGGAGAAAAUUGAUAACUUUGAAUACAGUGAUCCAGUGGAUGGAAGUGUUUCGAGAAAUCAGGGUUUGCGACUAAUUUUUGCAGAUGGUUCUCGCAUUAUCUUUCGACUGAGCGGCACUGGGAGUGCCGGGGCCACCAUCCGAUUGUACAUCGACAGCUAUGAGAAGGACAUUGCCAAGAUCUACCAGGACCCCCAGGUCAUGUUGGCGCCCCUCAUUUCCAUUGCUCUGAAGGUGUCCCAGCUCCAGGAAAGGACAGGACGCACUGCACCCACUGUUAUAACCUAAGAAGACCAGCCCGAUGCAGUACGUCCCUCCACCCUAAGACCUUCCAGGUCAUCUGAUUGAAGAGCGUGGACAGAAACAAAGUGUCUUCACGCAGCCUUUUUAGGAUUUGGUUUUACACUAACCAGUUGUUGAUGAAUGGCACAUUAAUGAGGUCCUUCCUGUUGAGAUGACUGCGGCAAACAUAUGGGAAAGAGAGGGCCCAAGGGCUUAUGCUGAUAUCAGUCCCUUUUCGUGCACUUCUGCUGUGUGGGUAUUUGUGUCCUUAGCACUAGUUUUUGUUUACACUACAAUGUUAGAUGGACAUUAGCUUACGAGGCCCUUUUUCAUCCUUGCGAUAUACCAAUGAAAUGACAGUACAAAUUCCUUUCUCCUGGGUGAAUCUUUCCCACUUCCCCCUCGUUUCCCCCCCAUCCCCCCACCCCCCAUUUACUGUUUACAUGUACUCUAACAAAAUGCAAUUUCUGGUGCCUUCUCUCCAAUCAGUUUUUUCCUCAGAGUGAGACGUACUUGUCUAAAGAUUUCUGCCUUGUUUUGCAAAAAGUUCCCAUUCACACAAAUAUUUUGGGAUAUUAAAGCAAAAUAAGCUACUAUUUCUUGAGGCUUUUUUUUUUUU